UAAAGUAGCUACUUUCAUCGAGUGCUCGUUGUUCCGUUCAGGGGUUCCGUGUCUGCGACACAACUCUGCGCCACUGGGAUCCUUUGCUGCGCCGUUGGAGCCGCUUCUUUAUCCGCCGGGAGGAGAUCUCGGACUGACCGAGGAGCCGUUAUGGGGAACCGGGGAAUGGAAGACCUGAUUCCGCUCAUCAACAAGCUGCAGGACGCCUUCAGUUCCAUCGGCCAGAGCUGUAACUUGGACCUGCCGCAGAUCGCGGUGGUUGGCGGCCAGAGCGCCGGGAAGAGCUCCGUCCUGGAGAACUUCGUCGGGAGGGACUUUUUGCCACGAGGUUCUGGAAUUGUCACCCGUCGUCCUCUCAUCCUCCAGCUGGUUAACAGCAAAGCAGAGUAUGCAGAGUUUUUGCACUGUAAAGGCCGUAAGUUUGUGGACUUUGAUGAGGUCCGUGUGGAGAUUGAAGCGGAGACCGACCGGCUGACUGGAUCCAACAAGGGCAUCUCCCCAAUUCCCAUUAAUCUCAGAGUCUACUCCCCGAAUGUGCUGAAUCUGACGCUAAUUGACCUGCCGGGGAUGACCAAAGUGGCCGUGGGAGACCAGCCUCCAGACAUUGAGCACCAAAUCAGGGACAUGAUUCUACAGUUCAUCACCAAGGAAAGCUGCCUGAUCCUGGCGGUCACCCCAGGCAAUACUGACUUGGCUAACUCUGAUGCACUCAAGAUAGCCAAGGAAGUAGACCCUCAGGGACUACGGACCAUUGGCGUAAUCACCAAGCUGGACCUGAUGGACGAGGGGACAGACUCACGAGACAUCCUGGAAAACAAACUGCUGCCACUUCGCAGGGGUUACAUUGGUGUGGUUAACCGCAGUCAGAAAGACAUCGAUGGAAAGAAAGACAUCCGUGCUGCCUUGGCGGCAGAGAGGAAAUUCUUCCUGUCCCACCCUGCAUACAGACACCUGGCAGAGCGAAUGGGCACGCCACACCUGCAGAAGACACUAAAUCAGCAACUUACCAACCACAUUCGUGACACGUUGCCAGGUUUACGGAGUAAACUGCAGAGCCAGCUGCUAUCACUGGAGAAGGAAGUGGAGGAAUAUAAGAACUUUCGCCCGGAUGAUCCAGCACGCAAGACCAAAGCCCUGCUUCAGAUGGUGCAGCAGUUUGGUGUGGACUUUGAGAAGUGCAUUGAGGGCUCUGGAGAUCAGGUGGACACCUCCAAUUUAUCUGGUGGAGCGAAGAUUAAUCGAAUCUUCCAUGAGCGCUUCCCCUUCGAGCUGGUGAAGAUGGAGUUUGAUGAGAAGGAACUGAGGAAAGAGAUCAGCUAUGCCAUCAAGAACAUCCAUGGAGUCAGGACAGGCCUGUUUACCCCAGACUUGGCGUUUGAGGCUAUAGUGAAAAAGCAGGUCAUUAAGCUGAAAGACCCCUGUCUGAAAUGUGUCGACCUCGUCGUCACGGAGCUCGUGGCCCUGAUCAGGAAGUGCACUGAAAAGCUGGGCUCGUACCCACGACUGAGAGAAGAGACUGAGAGAAUUGUCACCACUUACAUCAGAGAGAGAGACGGCAAGACAAAAGACCAGGUGCUGCUGCUGAUUGACAUUGAGCUCUCCUACAUCAACACAAACCAUGAAGACUUCAUUGGAUUUGCCAACGCUCAGCAAAGGACGGCUGCUAACGCCACAAAGAAGAGAGUCAUGCCCAAUCAGGUAAUCCGCAGAGGCUGGCUCACUAUCAACAUCAGUAUCAUGAAGGGAGGGUCCAAAGACUACUGGUUUGUCCUGACAGCUGAGUCUCUCUCUUGGUAUAAAGAUGAAGAGGAGAAAGAAAAGAAGUACAUGCUGCCUCUGGACAAUCUGAAGUUGAGAGAUGUUGAGAAGGGCUUCAUGUCCAGCAAACACGUCUUUGCCAUUUUCAACACUGAACAGAGGAACGUGUACAAAGACCUCCGUCAGAUUGAGCUAGCGUGUGACACUCAGGAGGACGUGGACAGCUGGAAGGCCUCGUUCCUCAGAGCCGGUGUUUACCCAGAGAAAGACCAGCCUGAGAGCGAAGAUGCAAUGAAUCCUGGAGACACAGUGUCCAUGGACCCUCAGCUGGAGCGACAGGUUGAGACCAUUCGCAACCUUGUGGACUCCUACAUCAGCAUCGUCAACAAAUCCAUCAGAGACUUAAUGCCCAAGACCAUCAUGCACCUCAUGAUCAACAGUGCGAAGGACUUCAUCCACUCGGAGCUGCUGGCCUACCUGUACUCAGCCGGGGACCAGGGCAGCCUGAUGGAGGAGUCUGCAGAACAGGCCCAGAGGAGGGAUGAGAUGCUGAGGAUGUACCACGCUCUGCAAGAGGCUCUGGUCAUCAUAGGAGACAUUAGCACCACCACUGUCUCCACACCAGUGCCCCCACCAGUAGAUGACACCUGGAUAGUCAAGGAACCAAGUCCGCCCCCAGGGUCUCGCCCUGCCUCAGCAACAGUGCCCCCUCCUACUCGCCCACCAGCAGUUAGGGGUCCUGCCCCAGGUUCAACAACCCCUCUCAACCCUUCACCAGCUUUUGGAGGGCCACCUGUUCCUUCUCGCCCUGGCCUUCCACCGGCCCAAGCGGUUUAUGGAAUCGACCCCGUUUCUGGUGCUGCUCCUCCUCUGAUCCCUUCCAGGCCUGUCCGUGUGCCCCCUACUCUGCCACCGGGCAUCCCCAGCAGACGACCCCCAGCUGCUCCCAACAGACCCACAGUCCUUCGUCCUUCAGAGCCCUCCCUGCUUGACUAGAAACACGUGCAAAUGUCUUUCUUUUAUCUGGUCAUGCAGACUUUGUUUACACUUUUCUAUUCCUCUUGUGCAAAUAUAUUCAAAUAUUUCUAGUGUAUAUUUCCAGAAGUAAACAUUUGUUGGAUUGUAAUUGGUAAUCUGAUACUGUUUCAGUCUGUGCAUGUCAGAAGUACUUUGAAUGAAAUUUGGACUGUAUGUUUAAGCAGCGUUUUAACCGUACGCGAUGUCUGAAUCAUGACAGUGGAUACAUUUGAUCUGACUGACCUGGAGGUUAUGAACCACCAAGUCAUCAUGAAUUUUGUUUUUCACUUAUUUCAUUUAAAAUGAAACAAGACUUGAGACAAUAUGUAAUUCAGAAAUUUUGAUGGCAUGUCAAGAAAAAUUGAGUAUUAACUCACUAAUGUUUGUUAGUAAUCGCACACGGAGCGCCUCAGUAACGAGCAGCACUUUUUUCCAAAAUUGUGGCUUACCUUGAAAAGAUUAGCUUGACCAUUUCUUUCAUAUUUGCCACAUUUAGUUGAUUCUUUUUUGGUAUUUAUCUUGUCUGGAUGUGAGGUGUGAAGGGACUACAUAGUAUGUCCACUGAUGUAAUACCGAUACGAGUGUAUAAACCCGCGGUGCUAACAGUGUGUCCCAUCAUCACUUUGAAAAUGAAAGUAGCUCAAGCAAAACAACUUUUGGCACUUAAGAGGUCUUGUCCUGCAUCAGGUGCACAGCAGCGCAGAGGGAAAAGAAAGUGUCACUUUCACACCCCAAACCCACAUUGAUUAAACACCAAAUGAUACUCUGAUUGGUUUAAAUCACUGUAUGCCCUAAACACACCCAUAAUUAUUUAAGAGACUAAAUGAAACCACUUGUCACCCUGUGA